UGGAGAGUGCCGGCGGCGCCGCCUGCGGGGGCGGCGAAGGGUAAGAGCGACGAUGGCCCGGUGAUGGGGCCGGAGUCGUGGCCGGCGCUCACGGACGCCAGGGCGAAGGGUGGCUCUAAUGCUGCUUGUACGAUGCCGGCUCUGCCAGCUGUGCUGCCGCCGGCGUCGGCGCUGCUGCGACCGCCGCGGGGCAUGUGGGCCCGGUUCCGAGAAACGGGCCACCACCGCCACCGCCUCUUCCGUUUCAGGGAUCAAUUGGAAUGCGCAAAUCUGAGGGAUUUGGAAGCAGUAAUCCUUCCAAUAGACAUCAUCCGCUGCACCCUCAUAAACAUGGUCCAAAGCGUAAUGCUCCUUCAAAUGGCGUGCCACCAUUUCCUGUACCCCUGCCAUACCACCAACAACCAGGUCAACCGAUGUUAUACCCUGUUUUACCACCUCCACCUCUGAUGUUUCCUCAGUAUGCCUAUCAGCCUGGCCCUGCACCAUAUCCUAAUGGUGAACCACAUAUUGUAAAGUCUGGAUGUGAAACUCCCUUGCCGGCCUUUAUUCCAACUGGUCAUGCUGGAGGAAAUGAUGGUAAUAGGAAUUUCCAUCCACCAACCCGAGGAGAUCCAAAUGCUUGGCGCCCCAAUGCCAGCAGUUUCGGCAGCAGACCACCUAAUGGUCAUGAACCUGGUAGCCAUUUCAACCAGACAUGGUGCAAUCAACGGGCUUUGAAUCCAAGAGAUAACAUAAAUAUGCCACAUCGUAUUGGUACCAGGACUUUCAUCAGGCCAGUUCCCCAAUUUUGUGGUCCAGCUCCACGGUUCAUCAAUGGACCUGGUUAUCCUGGUCCUGCUCCUCCCAUGUAUUAUGUUUCUGCUGCUCCUCUGGAAAUGAUGAGGGGUCCUCCUCAUUUUGUUUCACAUCCUCCUCGUCCUCCAUAUCCUAUUCUGACACCAGAGGCACUAGCCUUGAGGGCUAGGAUAGUAAAACAAAUCGAGUACUAUUUCAGUGAUGAGAAUUUGCAGAAGGACCCGUACUUGAUAUCAUUACUGGACGAACAGGGAUGGGUUUCUAUAUCUAAAAUUGCAGAUUUUAAUAGGGUUAAAAAAAUGACAACAAACAUAUCCUUGAUUCUGGAUGCUUUGCAGAGCUCAGAGUUGAUAGAAGUUCAGGAUGACAAGAUAAGAAGGAGAAAUGACUGGUCAAAGUGGAUUCCAGCAUCAGCUCAGCAGGCAGUUUCAACAAAAUCUCAGUCUACGGAAGGCCAAUCUCCUGUCGGCAUGGAAAAAAAUGACACUAGUGGAAGUAAUAAUUGUGGCAUCUUUCAUGAGAGCAAUGCUGGCCAAACUACAUGUAAAGAUAGUGACGAGUGUUUGCCCACAUCAAAUGAUUAUUCUAAAGCAGAAGUUAAGAAUAGUACAGAAUGUAACAUGGGGAAGGUGUCAAGUGUUGGUAAAUCACUAGCAUGCAAUGGAGAUAGCGAAGAAAAGAGCAAAGAAUUAGCAUCUGGACCAUUUUUGGAAACUAAACAAGGAGAGCCUUGUGGUGACUGUAGCUGUCUGUUAGACAACGAUUCUGUCAGGAGCAUUUCCGAUGUUAAGCAUGGCAGCAUUGAUAUUUCUGUUAGAUCUGAAGGUUUACAGGAAAAAACCUAUCCUUCCAGUAGUGGCACUGAUCCUUCCAGUAGUUGCAAUCCCGAACUUCAGGAAGUAAACACAAGGUCAAAUAUGAGACCUGGCACCCCAAGUCUAGGAGGUUCCUUAAAUGGUUUUGUGAAUAAUGAGUCUCCUAGCUUUGCUGGGGAGCAAAACACAUUCAUGCUUGAUGAAGAGCUGGAAUUAGAGCAGUCAACAAGCCAAAAAGACCAUCCAUCAUCAAACAAAAGGACUGAUGACGAGGAGGAUGAGAUUGAUGUUAACGACCAAGUUGUGCAUAAACUUAUAAUUGUUACCCAGGUAAGGUUAUGUGAUUGUUCUUGACUUCCGUUGCUUUCACCCCAUUUAUUAACUAUUUUGUUUAAUGGGCUUGUAUUUUAAUAACACAAAUCAAAU